AUGAGGAACUAUAAGUUCAAAAUUUCAGCUAUGUUCCCAAGUCAAUGGUUCCAGAAGCUCAAGAACAUGACCAAAUCCAGAAAAAAACACCCUCUGCCUUCUUGUUCCUUAAACACUACCAAGAAAACAAAAACUUCCUCUGAGUCUAUUAAGUCUCUUCCUCACUCUUCAAGACCUUACUUCUCCAGUAGAUCACACACUUCCUUAGAAUCUAAGAAGAUUCUUCAUUGUAACUCACCAAGAAACUCUCUUCACGUGAUAGAGAGCAAAAGAAAGACUGUUUACAAGCCAUCUCCUCCUUCUUCUUCUGUCUCUGCAGGCUUUAACAAGAAGAAGAUUAACUUUCUUCCGACCCAAGAUUCUUCUUCCUCUUCUGCUUCUUCCAACGUCAACGACAUGAGUAAUAGAGAUUUCAAGAAGAGAAUGUUAAAAGAGAUGAAGGUGUUUGACACAAAAGAGAAAGCCUGUCCUGCAAGUAACCGAACCAAGGCAGUCCGUACUCCCCAUCAUCUAUCUCUGAAGAUCAAAAAUAAAGAAGAAGCACGUAGAAACCAAAAGAAACAUCAAAGAACAUCAGGAAGAAGAUCAUCAGCAAACUCUCCUAGGAUAAAACUCAAAGUGAGUUCUCCUAGAGUGCAAGUCUCAGCGCGUAGAAGCAAAUCGAGAUCGCAGAGCAAACAAGUUCUUGACAGUGUCGCAGUGAUCAAGAGCUCUCUUGAUCCGAAGAAAGAUUUCAGAGAGUCAAUGGUGGAGAUGAUAGAAGAGAACAACAUCAGAGCUUCACAAGACUUAAGGGAACUGCUAGCUUGUUACCUUUCAUUGAAUCCUAAGGAGUAUCAUGAUCUUAUCCUUGAGGUUUUUGUUCAAGUGUGGCUUGAAGUCAUAAACUCUAAAGUUUCAUCCAAGUAG